GAACAAUCAAUUCUAAUUCCACAACUGAUCGCUAUACCUUUUCCGAUUUUGCUUUCCGAUUCCACUAGAACAAAUCAACGAUUCACGCAAUCAGACAACGUCAGUCAGUCAGUCGUAACAGGAAGAAGAAGACGUCCGAUCCCCGUUUCCCUCUUUCAAUGGCGAAGAGGGUGAGAGAAGACGGGGAGGUAGGUUUGCGUUUGGACGGGGUCAUUGACGCUAUGCCUUUGUACGCCAAGGAACUAAUUGCAGGAGGUGUGGCUGGUGGCUUCGCAAAGACUGUCGUCGCUCCGCUUGAGCGUGUCAAGAUCUUGUUUCAGACAAGAAGAUCAGAGUUUCAUAGUGUUGGUUUAUUGGGAUCAUUCAACAAAAUCGCUAAAACAGAAGGAAUUUUAGGUUUCUACAGAGGGAAUGGAGCAAGUGUGGCUCGAAUUGUUCCGUAUGCAGCUCUUCACUUUAUGACAUACGAGCAAUAUCGUCGAUGGAUAAUUGAAAGCUUUCCGAAUGUUAGAAGAGGACCGGUCCUCGAUCUUGUUGCUGGAUCCUUUGCAGGAGGAACUGCAGUCCUCUUCACUUACCCUCUUGACUUAGUUCGCACCAAGUUGGCUUAUCAGGUUGUGAAACCUUUAGUUUACAAAGGAAUAGUGGAUUGUUUUUCCAAGACAUAUAAAGAAGCUGGGAUAAGAGGCCUAUACCGAGGAGUAGCUCCUUCGCUUUAUGGGAUUUUCCCUUAUGCUGGUUUGAAGUUUUAUUUCUACGAAGUAAUGAAAAGUCAUGUACCUGAUGACCAGAAGAAAGAUUUGAAGGUGAAACUCGUAUGUGGUUCGAUUGCUGGUUUAUUGGGGCAGACAUUUACGUAUCCUCUUGAUGUUGUUAGACGGCAAAUGCAGGUUGAACAGCUCUCUGCCUCCUCCUCUAACAGUGAACAUUUGAAAGGGACAAUGGAUGGUCUUAUUAAGAUUGUUCAAAGACAAGGAUGGAAACAGUUAUUCUCUGGUCUCAGCCUCAAUUAUCUAAAGGUUGUGCCAUCUGUGGCAAUUGGGUUUACGACGUACGAUGUGAUGAAAGCCUACUUGCGAGUUCCAUCUCGAGAUGAUGAUGCUACGGUUAUUGAAGAAUCGACCAACCGAAGAAAUACCCAACCAUCUUCUUUGCACUAGUGAACCCCGAUUCAUUGGAAACCAGAUAAAUCUAAAUAAUUUUUUAGUUCAGUUAAUCCUAUUGACGAGCUUUAGGCGAUAUACCAACAUUUUCCAUUGAUUAUUAUUCUCAAUGAAUAUUCUUGUGGAAAAAAGAUAUAGGUGUUCCUGAGCUUCUUAAACAUGAUUCUUGUGUAUAUCUAAUUGCAAACAUAUGAUUGAAUUUUGAAGCAGCAAAUAAGAGAUUACAGGAUUUCUCAUA